GGCUCUCUUCGUCAAAGGUCUUUUCAGUAGCUGAUACUUUUGUAUAAUCUUCUAUUAAAAUUUGGUGCUGAAUUUAGAAAAUUUUAAUGGAAAAGAGUUGAUUAAGUUUUGGUCUGGACAAAAAGUAUAAAAUGUCCAAUGGUGAAAAUGUUAUAGCUGAUAGUUGGGAUAAUGAUGAUAAUUUAACUAAUCAGCUUGAUAAGAUUAAGAAGGAAGCCGCAGAAUUACAGGAGCAAAAAAAAUUUGAAGACGAAACGAUGCCAUUACAAAACGGUAAUAUUCCAGCUAUAAUGCUAGCUAUGAGACCAGAUGAUGGUAAUUAUGCUACAAGUAAACCAGCCUUUAAAAUAUUAAGAAGGCCAACGCAAUCGAGUGACUCUAAAAAUUCGAGUGACAAACCGAAACAACCUAUCAAAACUUUACAACAAAGAGAACAAGAGUAUGCAGAAGCAAGACUGAGAAUUUUGGGUUCAGCUAAAAAUCCGGAAGACGAAUUGGAUGCCGCAUUAGAUAAAUUGUUGGCAACAAAAAUUACUCAAAUAUCCCCACCAUUGGAUACCAGCACUGGCAAUAAUACAGUUAAUUGUACAAAAGUAAAUUCAACUUUGGCACAGCAACAACUUUUAUUAUCAUCCCUAACUUAUCAUUCGCCUGACCGUUCACUUAGACAGAGGCAACCUUCAGCUUCUGCCGUUUUAAAUCGCGAAACAAAUAUUACGGGAUUUUCUAAAAAUUUUAAUCAGUCUGUAACAACUGAAACUGAUGAAAGUGAAAAUAAUUUUAGUGUACGAAAUCUCGCUACUGAGAGUGUAUUGAGAAUGCCUCGGGGCCCAGAUAACAGCGGUGGUUUUAAUAUAAGGAGAUAGUCCUUCUGUUUCUUUAGGUAUAAAACGAAAAUAUUUGAUAACUGCUGCCUGAUUAAAGAAAAAAAGCAAGGAAAUUACAUAUUUUUUAUACACUAUUUAAUGCAAUAUUAUAUUUGCAGAAAAAUUUUUCCUUUUUGAUUAUUGAAAACAUUAUUUUUUAAUUAAAUAAUUUAAACUUGGUCUUAAAUUUAAUCAUUAUUAUUAAUUAUAAUGUUAUUUUUAAAAAUGAAAUAAUAUCAAAUACAUAUAAUAAUUAUGCACGAUUUUUAGAAAUAUUUUAAGCUUUUAUCAAAGCUUUAAAAUUUUUGUUUAAUCGAAUUGAUUCACCAAACAUAUUAAUUUCACUUCAUAAUA